AUGCCGGACUAUUACAGUGAUUACUACUUCACCUCGAAUCGGACACAGUAUUUAUGUCCCACAUUUUCGACCUUCCAAUGCCAGCCCCCCAAGGCCUGCGCACGCGAUCCACAAACGGGGAAAUUUUACUGCUGUGAUUCCCGCGAUGCCUCCGGGAAUGUGUGCUGGUCAAUACCUCAGGAUUGCGCCACAGAUGGCAGCACCCUUACAUGCGGGCAUGGGGAUCAGAUAUGGUGCUGUCGUUACCAAACGGAGGAAUGCACCUCAAAGCCAGGUCAGUUCAAUAUCUGCUGGAACAAGGUCCGAAGCACGCUCGGCAAUAUAAGCGAGGAGCUGCUCCAGGACACGUACUCCUCUUUGAGUGCUGCAACCCCAUUGGCGAGUAGCUGGGUUUUUGAUCCCGCGACAUUGAUGGCUACCGCGACGCACACUGGCUCGACAUCCUCUUCGCCCUCUACAUCGGCGUCCCAAAUACCUGAUACAACAGCGACAGCGACUAGCUCUCCACCAAGUCCUGAUUCUUCCCCCACAUCCCUAUCGGGCGGCGGUAUUGCUGGAAUAGUGGUUGGUGUUGUAGCUGUCGUCGCUAUUGCCCUAGGAGCAGGGAUGUACCUUCUGAAGCGACAUCGCCGGCGAGUGAAUCCCACAGCUGGUCUUCCCCCUACCCCCCUAACCAAGCCAGCCCAUGAGGCAGGACCGGGGAACCAGGUCUUUGAGGUUGAUGGGGAAAGAUAUCUACUAGAAUUGCCAGGAUCUUCUGAAUGA